AUGUAUUAUGCAAAUCAUACGCGAUAUUUAAUUUUAAUCAUUUCAACAUUGGCACUUUCAAUUAUUGCCAGUAAUACAUUGAUUUUAAAUUUUACAAUUAUCUAUUUCUCAAAAAAGACAUAUCAUUUUACAACAACUGAAAAAAGUUUAUUAUUUUCGGCAACAGCUAUCGGUAAUCUUAUAGGUGUUUAUCCAGUAAUUCUGCUUGAAAAAAAAUUAACAAUUAGGAAACUUUUUGCAUUAUUUGGUAUAAUAUCGGCAAUUUCCACAUUUCUAAUUCCAUUGGUUGCAGAUUUUGGAUUUGAAUUUCUUUUUGCGAUGCGAUUUUGGGAAGGAUUUGCAUAUGCAUCAGCUUUUCCAGUCCUUGGUACUAUCACAUCACAAUGGUCAUUAUUAGCUGAUAGUGGAAUGUACACGUCAUUAAUGUUUUGUCAUUUACAGAUUGGACCAUUGUUUACAAUGCCUGUUUCGGGAGCUUUAUGUGUAUCAUCAUUUGGUUGGUCAGCUACAUAUUACAUUCAUGGAAUACUAACAUUACUCAUUAUGUUCUUAUUUUAUACUUUCUAUCGUGAUUCACCGAAAAUUCAUAAGAAUGUUAGCUCGAAAGAAUUGUCAAAAAUCGAAUUUGGUAAAGAGGUGACAUAUACGAAAACGAUCCCUGAAGUACCAUAUGGUGCUAUAAUUCGUGAUAUUUCUAUUUGGGGUAUUUGGAUUGCAUCUAUUGGUAGUACAUUAGGCUUUCAAAUAUUUUUCCAAUAUGGACCGGUGUAUCUUAAUGAAGUAUUAAAUUUUACCGUAGAAAAAGCUGGUUUAGCUUCAGCAUUACCAAUGAUACUAUCGAUAAUUAUUAAAGUUCUCGCUGGUCCAUUAAGUGAUCAUGCUGAUUGCUGUGGUGAAAAAGCUCGAGUAAUGUUAUUCACCCUUAUUUCUCAAGGUUUUAUGAUAGCAUGCUUUGUAUUCUUAGCAUUAUUACCAGCAGGUACUGCUAGCCUCGGUCAAAUAGCAUAUACAGCGGCAAUUGCAUUUAGCGGAUUAAAUAGCGUAGGUAUAAUUAAAAGUGGACAAUUGGUUGCACGUCAACAUACACAUUUCGUCCUUUCAGUCUUAUCAAUUAUCAACUGUUUAAUAAUAUUAAUUAUUCCAUUUUUCGUAUCAUUUCUUGCACCAAAUAAUACUGUUGGACAAUGGUCAAUUAUUUUCUAUAUAAUUAUUGGUUUAAUGAUUAUUUGUAAUGGUUUUUUCUUCUGUGUUGGUCAAGCAUCACCAGCAUCAUGGACUAAAGUAAACAAUCAUCAGGUGUAUACAACGAAUCAACCUGAAACGAUCAAUGCUGUAACAAUGAAUGGAUGA